GUGGAUGCUGGACACGUUUAUGGAGAUACUCUUGAUCGCCAGCUGGACCUCAGACUGCACAAAGACGGGAAGUUGAAGUACCAGGUGGUCAAUGGUGAGAUGUAUCCCCCCACAGUGCUAGAUGCACCGGUCAAAAUGAGCUACCCUCCGUCUGUCCCACCGGAGCAGCAGCUGGCCAUUGGGCAAGAAGUGUUUGGCCUGCUGCCGGGUCUCAGUAUGUACGCCACCUUGUGGCUGCGUGAGCACAACCGUGUGUGUGAUAUCUUGAAACAAGAACAUCCUACCUGGGGGGAUGAGCAGCUGUUUCAGACCACCAGGCUCAUUAUUAUAGGUGAGACCAUUCGUAUUGUGAUCGAGGACUAUGUGCAGCAUCUGAGUGGUUACCGCCUGAAGCUCAACUUUGAUCCCACGCUGCUGUUCACCUCACAGUUCCAGUACCAGAACCGCAUUGCUGUGGAGUUCAAUCAACUUUACCACUGGCACCCGCUCAUGCCUGACAGCUUCCAAAUCGAUGGAGAAGACAUUCACUACCCUCAGUUCAUUUUCAACACCUCUGUCCUCACCCACUACGGGGUGGAGAAACUGGUUGAGGCCUUCUCAACCCAACCCGCUGGACAG